AUGGUCGCCUCAACCACCGCAUCGUUUGAGAACUUUGUCAAGCAGACACGGGAGAAGAAGAAGAACGAAGCCCUCGCGCAGCAGUUCCUAGGCGGAGGAAAUCGAGGACGGAAAGCGAACGCAUCGGGCGCUGGCGGACGGUCGCGCGUCGAAUCUGAGAAGCCUUCGUUGCUCAGCCGGAUAAACGGUGGCGCCGGUGUCCAAAAGCGAUCAUCGAGCGCGAAACCAGCUGGCAGCAUCGAGGGGAAAUGGCAACACGAUCUACAUAAGCUGAACAACCCCCGCGGCGCAGCCAACAACAGAAACAACCUCGCUCGGACGGCCUCGGCAUCGCAGGUUGAGCGCAACAGCAAGGCCUACGAUAAAUUUGCUCCCGUCAUUGGUCGGGGUGCAGCUCCGCGCAGCAAUGACGCAGCGGGCUUUAGCAUUCGAGGCGUUGCGACUGGAGGUCCAUGUACGGUCAUUGCGAGCAACUUCGCACCUGGAACCACGGCCGCGGAUAUCGAAGCUGUCAUGAGCCCAAUUGGGGGGGAGACGCUAGGAUGCAGACUCUUGUCUGCCAACCCGACAGUCAUGGUCGAACUGCAGUUCGCGAGCAGAGAGGGUGCUGAGAAUGUCAUUGCGACAUUCAACAACCAGAAGGCUGAUGGUAGACUACUCUACGUCUACAUGAAGGAUGUUCCUGCAAGUACCCACGUAGCGCAACCCCGAGCACCGCCCGCUCGCCUUACGCAAUCCACUGAUGGCAUGGACAUUGAUGCCAAUGCGGGCGCACGCGCUGGUAGCUACCAAGAUGGACGAUUUGGUUUCAACGACGCCGGUCGCAGAGAACCACCACGAGGCCCCCGCCGACGAUACUAG